AUUUUGUCAUCUCCACAGCCGUGUGCUUGAUACGCAGGCAAAUUGUGGCGGGUGGAUUUCGCUACACGAACGCUGCAAGAGGUGUGCAUACUAGCCGUACAACGCUCGUUUUUGGCUUCGUUCUACAGUCGCGUGUCGCUUAUUCGGCGGCGGCGUAGACAAGUAGGAAAGUAUUGGCCGAGUUUUUGUAAGGAUGUUACUAAUGCUAUGCGCUCGGUUAGUUUCGUUAAGGAUACCAACGGUAGUGGUAACGGUGAAUUCUAAUGUACGCUUUUUCAACGCAAAAAUAGCUCGUUUUGCUAUCAAGCGAACGAUAUCAUUUUAUAAUCUGCGGUUGGUUGAGCUAGUGACCGUUAGGAAAAAUAGGUUUAGUACUGAACGAAAUAAAUAGCAAAUAAUUAUUUUUGCCAAGUAUUUGAAAGCUCCCUUAAACAAUCCAUGCGGGGAUAAUGCAUUGCAUAACCAGCAUUUGUAUAAAAAAAAAAUUAAGUAAAACUAAAAAUCAAGUACAACUUUAAAAGGUGUGUGCAUUAGAAAAUCAGGCUACCACUUGCUUGCUGCUAGCUGGCUGGCAUUUCAACAUCGCGAAACGAAAGCGUGUCGAUUAAGUCGGUGAAAAGUCAACGUCGCCUUUGUUAUUAUUGUUUUUGCUGUCGAAAAGUGCAGUGUGUCGGUGUGUCAGUACAACGUUGCGUCGGCGGCACCAGCAAAUAUGUAUGCACGUUCGCACGAAGAGGCUUAAUUUAAGACGAAAGUCGGUCAGUUGGAAGUCUCGGUCGCAGUGCUGAAGUCGCAAGCGUUCGCAAACGAUAUUGCUACAGCCUCAGUCGUGUCGUGCUGCCACUUUAGCAAGCUGGCAGAAAACGCACCAAAUAAGUGCGCGUAAAGCAUACCUGACCCCGGUUAAUGUCAAAAGGUUUUUGCGUGUGUUUGUGCAUAGACUUACGUUCGACAAUAAUUGCAGUAACAAUUGGCCUAACGGAUUGCCCAGCUGAGGGUUAAUUUUGAGUGCUAUAAAUAUUUUAAACAAAAAAAUUCAAAAAUAGUGAAAGUAAGGGUGAAGGUUAUGAAUAUAGCCAACUAAGCUUAAUUUCAAGUCUACUACUAGGCGGUGGCAAUUUUAUAAUAAUAAAUCAUAACUUUAGCAGCUUUCAUCAGAAAUGAAGUGGUGAUAAGGCAGUUUUGCAAAAAACCAAAAAUAAAAAGAACUAAUAGAGAAAUUUUCAACAAAAUAUAUUGCGCCUAAAAGCAUACAAUAAUUCAAUGAAUGGCAUGCCAUUUCAAAGCAUAAAGUACAAACUUAUUGAACAUGAUUAAACUAAAUUAUAAUGAAUAUAGUAAACAUUAAAAUAAGGAAACCGAAGUUAUAUGGGACCGUCACAAUAUUUUUUACUUUGUGAUAGCAUACAUUUAGGCGCAACAAGACAACUGUUGCUAGCAGCAAACAAGUUAAAUUGAUGGACACAAUUCAAUUCGAAAGCAUAUACAGUUUAUGAGCUUAUCAAUUAAAUAAAUGAUUUCUUACAUUAAUGUAGCAUGCCAAAUGUGCGAUUGUUAGGGAUAACAUACUUUUCAGCGCUGAGAAAAAUAGGAAAGUAAUUAAAGCAUAAGGCCUUCAAUACAAAACAAUUGUGCAAGCAUAUUUCUGUGUCAAAAUAAAAAAUAAUAUACGAUAUGAAAACAGCAUUUACUGACUUAAUAAACCGCCUAAAGGUAUGCUAAAGAUACCAAAGUUAUGAGUCACGUUAACCCAGCAGUCUUGAGUUUAUGUCAUAAACGCACAAUACACGCAAAUUAGCUAAGUGACAGCUACAAAACAUUAAAGUUAAACUUUUCACAUAUUUCUCAUAAAUCUAGCAUACUUUUCGGCACUUUGGCACUUUGAAAACACCAAAAGCGUACGCAUUUGUCAAAUGUCGGCACAACUACUGAGUAAUUGAAGUACUUACUCGUAUUUACAUUUUCAUAUCAAGUUAACAAGUUUUUGUCAAGUAUUUGCGCCUUAAAUUAUGCCAGCUUCGCUUUCACUUUGAGUGCUCUACAAACUUUGACGUAGGCAGCAAAUCUGUGCUUGAACUAAAUAUAAAAAAACAACAGAAAAAAAUACAUUUGUAGGCGCUGUAACAAACCCGAAAUAUUUGUGUGUAAAAACGAAAAAAGUAACAGAAAUUGAAAGCUUGAAAAACGUAACAUAUUUCCAGGCGCUGCGAGAUAUGCAAAGUGCAAAGAAAAACUCUAACGCUUGAGUGCUGGUUUUGAGUGGCAACAAAUUACCAUUUCACAUUCCAUAUUAGAUACCUUUUCCGUGCGCAGGCAUCGUAUGGCAAAACUUUGCGUCUAAAAGUUAAGUUAAGUGAGUUGUGAAUGUGCUAGAAAGUCGGUCAGAAGCAAACCAAAAAAAAAAAAAACUCAGUUUCGCAUUUGGCGUGUGCGUUUGUCACAUCUGUAGACGUGGAAAAAGGUACUAAAACACCAAAAAUAAUAAAAAAUAAAGAAAACUGAAAAUAAAAGUGAAAAGUUGCUGUGAGUAAAAGUGGUUUUGCGCAUAUUUACGUUGCAUACUUGUUGGCGCGUAACCGAAACUUUCGUGCAUAGCGAACCUAAUGCCAGCAGUUUGUAACUGAUAUGUCAUGUCGGCUGCCGACUAAGUAACAGCACUCACUGUCUAGCUGACUUGCAGUCAAGCGAAAAGUCAACUUCACCAAUAGCGAGGUGCUGGGGCGUAUACGUAACGCACUACUUGCCGACGUGUUGGUAUGUGUGUAGUGUGUCUGUAGGCGCAUAAAGCAAUUCAUUUUACUUGAAUGUAAUCAAAUUGAACAUUGUAAAAUUUGUAAAGUGUUGAAAUAUGCGUAUGUAAAUUUUUCAAUUCGUGCGCGAAAUUUUAUUGUGGCAACAAAUUGUGAAAAAUUGCGAAGUGUGAAGAUUUUUAUGACCCCUUAGAUAUCACGUAAAAAUCCAAUAAGUGUGGAAGUGUACAUUUCUAUCCUCUAAAGUAUACAAUUUAUAUGCAAAAAGUAAGUCUGUCAAGCAUACCGAUGACUUUUGGACUUUUGCUUUUCGCCUAAAGCCGUUUGUGUGGCUGAUUACUGUCGAGAACGUGCAGGACACAUACGUGAAGGACAUCAUCUGGCGACUGUAAAUAAGGAUUUCAUAUUCGUAGCUCGUAAAAUUUGCAAGGUUACGCGAAUUUAUUUCUCCAUCGGAUUUGGUGCCCCAGCAGCAAUGCGACAAAACUGCAUGCAUAUUACCGGCAUUUGUGACAUUGAAUUUAUGUGCGAAUAAAAUAUAUUUACUUAGCGGCGAACAAAUUUAGCAGGUGGCAAAAGGCUGGUGUGGAAAAUAAAUACCGGCAGUACAAAUCCAAAUAAUUGCCACUCAAGAACACCUAUCAACAAGCACAAUAACAACAACAUUAACAACUACAAAUAUUACUAAAGCAAUAACGAUGCCGACUUAAUGAAAAGGAAGUGAAAGAGACGAGUUGAAGCCAUCGAAAAUGUGUGUAUGUGUGUAUGUAUGUGUCAGCAUUAAAUGAAAAUGCGAUGAACAGUGCACAACAAGCUCAAGUCGUAGUUGACGCUAUUGGGCUGAGCGCCGUUGACAUGUGAGCCGUAGCUCGCAGCGAUUCAACGCAAAUCGACGGCAACAAAAGGAUAACCGUUAAGGGAUAAGCGAAACGACAGCACGUGCCAUAAUAAUACUGUAAAGUGAAACCAAUUAAAAAGGCGCAUGAUUCCAGCUGAGCGACAAGCUGGAGGCGUAAAACAGCCAAGAGCCGACGGAUAAUUUUAAAAUAAAAACAAAAAUAAAAUAAAAGCCUAAAGCAGAACAGAAACAAAAACAAAAGAGAAUACAACGGAAGUAAAUUUACAGGAGCAACAAUGGCGAUAGCAUCCAUGUAGCAGCCACGUUCCCGUUUUUAUGCUGAAAGAUUGAUAAAUAAUGCAAGCAUGUUUUUUCCGCAAAAUAACGGUAUUCUGUAAGAAAAAGCGAACAAAAACAAACAACUGACAAACGCACGCAGGCCAAUAACAGAAGCGCGGCAACGAUUUUUGAGUGAAAAACGUCGGAAGCGUAAGUGAAAGGCGGAAACGGAACCGACCGUGAUUUUGUUGUGAUUUCAUUUAUUUGCUUUUUCUUUCUUUUUGUUGUGUUAACAAGCGGUGAAAGGAUGAUAUAGAUUUAAAAAUAAAAUUUUCGUCAUGCUGGACAACAGCUUAUUAACGCGUUAAAAAUUGUAAAUGCAACAACAAAAAUAAACUUAAUUUUACAUCAGCUACCAGUUAUAGUAAUAACAAUACCAAUAACAACAAUUGUCAUUAUAAUCAGCACGUAACAAAUAAGAAAGCUGCGUGACUCCAACUGCUGCCACGUCUAGCUGCUCAACGUCGCUGUUAACAGUUAAGUGAUUACUAACGGUUUUUAUUGUUUCUCAUAUGCAUUUGUGAGAGCUCGCAGGAAUUUCGUGGUGUUUUUACUGAGUAAUUUUCUUCGCACGUAUUUUGAUUUUAUAGAUUUCGUAUGCCAUUUGUAUGCCAUUGAACGCGAAAAAUGCAUUUAUGUACGAGUAUAUGGAGGGAAUUUAAAUGUCUACUUUUAUGCACUAUACUUUCGUUGCAUACCGCCAUUAAUACAAGUGGGCGUUAUCGAUAAAUUUUCACAAAAGUUUUAAAUAGAGAACUUAAUUGAUUUUGCACUUAUUUUGUGUAUUUAACACUUUGAAUUAAUUAGGUUUUUAUACACGGAACUAAUAUGUGAAAAACAAUACUAACAACAACAAAGCGUGUACAUGUGUAGUCCUUUAGCAAAUUUUUACUUUCGUAACAAACACAACAUAUCGAUAAAACGUACAAUAAUUCAUAGUAAUAACACAGGACAUAAUUAAAUAUAAACAAACGGCCGAGUGCACUGUCAGCCAUUUAACAAUUUAUUAUUGCAACACUGACGACAAAAUCAUCGCUUAAACGCAAAUCCAUCAAGAAACAAUAACAAAAUGACACAUUGGGUGCAGAUACUGUUGGCGUUGCUGAUGUAUGCAGGUUCCCUUGAGGGCGCCUCAAAACGCUUUUUCACCGAUUUUCUACAAGACAUGCCAACACCUGGCACUGGCGGCCCCACAUUCGAUACAACCGUGCCGACGAAUAUAACAGGGCUAGUCGGCAAAACGGUGAAACUCACUUGUCGAGUAAAGAAUUUAGGAAAUCGAACUGUCUCUUGGGUGCGUCAUCGUGACAUUCACCUGCUGACAGUCGGUCGUUACACCUACACGUCGGAUCAACGUUUCGAAGCGAUGCAUUCGCCGCACGCCGAGGAUUGGACGUUACGUAUACGCUAUGCACAACGCAAAGACUCGGGCAUCUAUGAGUGUCAAAUAUCAACAACACCACCGAUCGGGCAUUCCGUCUAUCUGAAUAUAGUGGAACCCAUAACAGAAGUAAUUGGCGGACCAGAGCUGCACAUAAAUAAAGGUUCAACAAUCAAUUUGACUUGUAUUGUCAAAUUUGCACCAGAACCGCCGCCCACAGUCAUUUGGUCACACAAUCGAGAGGUCAUAAAUUUUGAUUCGCCACGCGGUGGUAUAUCAUUAGUAACAGAGAAAGGCGUAGUCACCACCAGCCGAUUAUUGGUACAAAAGGCCAUACAACAGGACUCAGGACUAUACACCUGCACGCCGUCAAAUGCAAAUCCUACAUCGGUUCGCGUGCACAUCGUUGAUGGUGAACAUCCCGCUGCUAUGCAUCAUGGACACGCCACACCACAAGUCCAACCACCGCCUGCUACGCUCCUACUGCUCUUGGCACUCCUAACCGUACUGUUGCUGCAAGAGCACCCCAGCCAAUCGACAGAAAAGCAAACACACCAACAACCAGAAGAAGCUGAGCUACCACAGCAAUAUAAACUGCGGCAACGCAUCCGAUGGAAGUGGUGGCAAAGCAAUCAACUAUGGAAUGAAAAAUUUGCGGUCUACCAACGAACAGAGCCAUUCACUAUGGAAUUGUCACGAGUGGUAAAUGGUCACGCGCAAGAACGGGUGGCGCUGAUGAGUCGCAAUACAGCACCAAUGCUUUUACUGCCACCACUAAAGUCGCAAAGACAUCGGGACACCGAUGACAACGCGUCAGCAGCAACAUAGCCAUCAAAUGGCAAUUGGAAUACGGAGUAGAAUGGCACUCGAAUUGAUGUAAAUUAAGUUCCCAUCCAAAUCCUAAUAGUUAAACGAAAACUUAAAGUACUUUUUUAAGCGCUUUAAAUGGUAAAUAUUAAAUAAACUAUGUAAAGUACUUAGGUGUA